UUUUGUGGCCCAAAGCGGAAAAAAGUUAGGGCGUCUGUCUGCAACUACAGAUUCCAGGAAGUGCUCAACGUCUUCGUGCCCGAAGGGUCUUCCGGUGACGGCUGCGGAGAUCAGCUAUAGAUCACAUGGCCUCGCCGGAAGCUCCCGUAUGCUACGCCGGAGUUGCACGGCAGUCCGCCGCCUUUCGGCUCAUGAAGCAGAUGGGAUGGGAGGAGGGAGAAGGGCUUGGAAAAGAGAAGCAGGGAAUUAAGAGACAUAUUGGUGUUAAGAACAAACAGGAUACAAAAGGUGUGGGUUCAGAUAAUGCCGCGAAUAACUGGGUGUUUGAUACGUCACAGUUUGACAGCAUUCUCAAAAGAUUAAAAGUGCAAGUAGCACAACCAGAUGAUAAAGAAAAAACUGAGAAAAAAAGCAUACAAAUUAAUUGUGAGAAGGACAAACUGGAGCUGGAUGAAGCUGUGAAAGCUACCCGACCUCAGGGAAGGUAUAAGAAGAGAGAGAGGGCCAAGGUGGUGAAUGCAUAUUCUGAAAAGGACCUUCAAGGAAUCCUUGUAAAUAAGCAAAAAAGUCAGAAUAAUCUUCCAGUUUGUGAACCAACACCACUAGAAGUUUCUGAUUAUCUUACUAGGGAACAAGAAGGUUCCAAAAUCGAAGAAAAAUCAGAACAUUGGUGGGGACACAAAUAUGGGUUUGUCUCAGGAGGUUUUCUUGGCGCGCAAUCCCGAAGUAGUAAAGCAUUGCUAGUGAAAGAUCCUCAAUGUCUUGCAUUUGGGACAAGGAAAUCAUUUGGUGAAGAAGAUCAAGAGAAUUUAUACAAACUCGUACAGGAUAAGGCUACAUCAGGAAAACAGGGGCUUGGUAUUAGAGAUAAACCUAAGAAGGUUGCUGGUUGCUAUUGGAAAGGGAGAAAGACUUCUUUCAAUGACACUGAUGAUGAU